AUGGUCAAACGCAACGGACGAUGCUCGAUAUAUGACGGUGUACCAACCUUACCCGAUGAAUGCCAACUGGGAACUUCCAAGCGACGUUAUCGCCUUUGCGUUUUGGAUCGCAGGGCACGGGGGAUGGUGCUACUGGAGAUCGACAAAGCAUACCCGGAGCACGAACGCCUUCUCGGCGAACACCGCUGGAUCGAGUUCUUGAAGAACCCAAGGGCGGAUGAGAAGGAGCGGAUUUCGCAGAUCUCUUAUUGUUUGUAUGAUACAGGGCGAGCGGCACAGAAAGACGGAUGGAAGCGCAUACACGUAGAAAGCCACUGGUUCAAAGAUUGGAGCCCGAAUAACGGUGUAUCAGUAAAAUUUGUAGUCUAUGUCCGACUUUUGUAG